GGCUGACAGGAUGAGGAAAAUGGAAAGCUAAAUGUCCUUAGUCCAGAUUACGCUCUUUCAUAUUGUCCCUGAUGAGAUCACAGCUGGAGAGGCAAGAGUGUGACUCACCCAGAACGUAAGGGUUGUGGCCACAGUUGGGGAAGCAGCACCUUCCACAUCCUCCUAGAAACAGCGCUCCCCAGCAUGAGAGCCGCCCCGCUCCUGGUGGCCAGGGCGGCAAGUCUUCACCUUUGCCUCCUGCUUCUGCUCUCCUUCUGGCUGGACUCAGGGGUGGUCGCUAAGGAGCUCAAGUUUGCGACUCUGGUUUUUAGGCAUGGAGACCGAAGUCCCAUUGAAACCUUCCCCAGUGACCCCAUUAAAGAAUCCGCAUGGCCGCAGGGAUUUGGCCAACUCACUCAGGUGGGCAUGGAGCAGCAUUAUGAACUUGGAGAGUACAUAAGGAAAAGAUAUGGAACAUUCUUGAACGAGUCCUAUAAACAUCAGCAGAUCUAUGUUCGAAGCACAGACAUUGACCGGACUUUGAUGAGUGCUAUGACAAACCUGGCAGCCUUGUUUCCCCCAGAGGGUAUCAGCGUCUGGAAUCCCAAACUACCCUGGCAGCCCAUCCCUGUGCACACAGUCCCUGUGUCUGAAGAUAAGUUGCUAUACAUGCCUUUCAGGAACUGCCCUCGUUUUCUCGAACUUCAGAAAGAGACUUUGAAAUCGGAGGAAUUCCAGAAGAGGCUGCGCCCUUAUAAGGAUUUUAUAGACACAUUGGCAAAACUUUCAGGAUACCAUGGCAAGGACCUUUUUGGAAUUUGGAGUAGAGUCUACGACCCUUUAUUUUGUGAGCAUACUCACAAUUUCACUUUGCCCUCCUGGGCCACGGAGGACGCCAUGAUGAAGUUGAAGGAAUUAUCAGAAUUGUCCCUCCUGUCCACCUAUGGGAUUCACAAACAGAAAGAGAAAUCCCGACUGCAAGGGGGUGUCCUGGUCGGUGAGAUCCUCCAGCACAUGGAGAGGGCAACUCAGCCAUCGAACCACAGAAAACUCGUCAUGUAUUCUGCGCAUGACACAACUGUGAGUGGCCUGCAGAUGGCGCUAGAUGUUUACAAUGGAAUCCUUCCUCCCUAUGCUUCUUGCCAUUUAAUGGAGUUGUACCUCGAAAAGGGGGAGUACUUCGUGGAGAUGUACUAUCGGAACGAGACGCACCACGAGCCGUAUCCCCUCACGCUUCCCGGCUGCACCCCCAGCUGUCCGCUGACGAAGUUCACUGAGCUGGUUGCCCCUGUGAUCCCCCAGGACUGGUCCGCGGAGUGUAAAAUCACGAACAAACACGAAGUUCUCAGGAUCGCCCUGGCCAUCGCCUUUUUCCUGGUGUCUGGUAUCCUGGCGGUGCUGCUGUUUACGCUCAUUCGCUCGGGGACCUGCUGGCGGAGAGACUACUACGGGAACCUCUGAACAGACAGCCGAAGAAGGGCGGACGCGCCAGGCCAGCCUCCCGUGGAGCAACCCCUCUCAGGGACGCAGCACUCAAAGGACAGUUUCGCUGUGUGGGCACCACCCUACCCACACUCUUCCUUUCAAGUCUGCCGAGAGCGGACACUCACAGUGACCCGAGGACAGCCGCUGGGCUGACUGACCAGUGAACACCCAGGUUGCUUAGUUAGGUCUCCUCAUCACGGUGCAGGCUUCUCACUGGGCUGGAAAGACGCUCUGCGCGAAGGACAGCUGUGUUCUCUAGCACAGGUGUCCAGACAGAAAUGAGAGGACACAUUUCAAUCUGCCUUUUCCCUGCAAAGAACCAAAGGUUACGGGGUGUGGCCAAGACAUAGAUCAAAGAAGACUGGAUAAUGGGGGGAAAUUAGACUAGACGUAGAAUUAGUAGGGGGAUUCUUAAGAAAUAAGAUCCCAUUAGAAGGUUAAUAAAUCUGUUUUUUUCAGCCAUUAAGUAGGUUUAAUACAAACAUACACUCCGGAAAAGAAGCUUCUACCAGGUGUUUGAUAGCCAAUACAUAACAUACAUAUCUGUAUUUGAAAAUGCCUUAGAAAGAGACUUUUUAAUUCUCAGAAGCCAUAAUAUCAACUACUUUAGUUGUAGCUCAGGUCAUUUCUCCACAAUUUCUAUGAUGGGGAAUAAUUAGGAAAUCUAUGUACCCAAAGGGUUUUUUUUUUUAACAUCCACUAUCAGAGCUGGAUGUGUUUAAAGUUCGAAUUUCCUUAUUUCAUUUUAAAUUUAAGAUAUUUUUACUUUGAUAAGGGCUAUUCAUGGCCAUGAUGAAAUGAUAAUGCAUUUUAAUUGCUACAGAGAGAUCCGAAUUUCUCAAGUGGUGAGGUAGAUAGAAAAGUAGACUAAGGAUGAAGACCAAGUGCCUCAGCUCUACGCCAAGUAGGAACAAGUUUUUAAAAUCCUAAACCUUGAUUUCAUAAUCCAGAAGUGAAGAGUCCUGAUUGGAUGAACGUAGAAGUCACCUCUAGUUCUCAGGCUCUGUGAACACUUUGUCUUCUCAUUUUGUGCUCUGGGUAGGUCAUUGCCCAAGCAAGCACUUUCUUGAAUGGUACCAUUGUAGUGAGCCUGAAAUUUACUUUUAACUGUUUUAUUCCUUGUUGAGUUUCCGACCAUGCAAUUAGGUGAGAAAUUUAAUCUCCUUCAUUGGUAGUGUUCUUCACCUUCUCAGGUUCAUCUAAAGGCCCCAGAAUAUACCUGGUGGAAAGAGUGAGACACGGGUUCACUAGGCCGCUGUCCACACUGGUCUCCAACCAGUUCACUUUCUAUUAUCAUGUGGUGUCCUGAAGGUAGGCAGAGGACAUCGGUGCCCUGGGUCCCAAGGCCACACAAUUGGAGUUCACCAGCAUGGCAUUGUCCAGUCCCCUACUGAGGUGACACCCACAGGCAGUGCUGGCAUUUUUGACCAGCACAAAACCCUGCCUCCCAGAGCCCUACCCCAUCUCUUAGUCUCAGAAAUCUUCCUCUCCCCUGGGAUUCCAUGGCUUCCCCCAUUUAAACUCCAAGCACUUACCUCUAUCAUCCUCACUUUCUACAUAGUCUCACUGAGCUGAGGCUAUUGCAAUCAAAAGCCUGAGGAGUUGCCUUCUCUUGCCUGGUGACUGCUGCUUUCUCCUGGAACACAAGAGGCACACGGGCAAAGAAAGGCAAGAUUUGGCUACGUUCUCAGCUUGGGAAAGGGAAAAACAUCUAUAGCAGCAAGAACAAAGGACAAAUUUCUGUCUGCAUAAAUUAGCUAGCUAUGUCAGUAAGGAAGCCACAAUAUCUCAUGCUAAUGAGUGAUGACACUUUAAAACAGAAGUCUGAACAGAAACAUAAGACAUGGAUUUUCUCCCUCAUUCAACAAACAUCUAUGGAAGACCUACUGUUUGCUAGUCACUGGCCUAGAUGCCAAAUUAUCCAUCCCUAAUGUGAUUAUUAAGGUAUUUGGUCCCAACAACUAUCUUAUACAGAAUUGAUAGAAUGUAAAAGUAAAAGCUUUCAUUACCUUUUCCUCAUAUAUUUUUCUUACUGUAAGUGGCUAAAAAGACUUCUACUUUCUACUGGUUCUGAGAGAUCUUUUUUUAACAUCCCCCAUUUCACUUCCUUCCACCAUCUUUGAUUACUGUAGAGAAAGCUCUCUCUCCACUCCCAACUUAGCUGUUUCUUUUACCUUCCACAGAACUACGGACGGUUAUUGUUUUUCAUACUUCAUGGCCGUAUUCACACAGGACAAAUGAAAAUUCAGAGUGACAAAUGGUCUACAGUGAUAAAGCCAAGAGCACAAAUGUAGUGUGAUAUUUCUCAGGAAGUAAGUUAAUCAUCCAACUGCAAUAGGAAACUGAUAAAGUGACUUUUUCAGAUGGGUCAGGAAAGACAGGUCCAUUUGACACAAAGAUAAAUACUGUUUGCAAGACAAUUGCUAGGGCAGAAAUAAGCUCUGCCCCAAGGUACACCCCCCCACAUUUGAACCACUAUAGAAUGAACACAAUUACAAUAUUGCAAUAAUUACUAUACCAAUGUAGGGACAUUCCCUACCAUAAAAAACAUCAGCCAUGUAUGUGUAGGAAAGUUCUGAGGAAGAUCUGUAGGUGGAAUAUUUCUAGCUAGAAUGGCAUUGCAUAAAGAAAAUGUUGAGAGAACAUGAUUACUUGAGUACAUUCCUUGAUUACACAAGGAAUAAUGGGUGGGAUUAGAAGAGUGCAUGCAUUAGAGGAAAAUAUUUUACUGGACGUCAUUCAACCAACAAAACUUUUUUAUGUAAGAACUGGCAUUUCUUCUAAUCGUGUUCCCUAUUCUCCCAACUUCCUGUUUUCUGUCUUAUUCUGAUGUCGUUGACAUUGAUUCUCGCUUCAUAACCAGGGGCGUUUCUUGGUAAGUGAAAGUUGAAGUGUCAGUUUCUCUUUUGAAACUCUCUUUGUAGAAACCCCCUGUGAACAAUAAGAGCAUGCAUAUACAAUAAGGGGUAUUUGGGUGCUGCAGACCAGGGCUAACAAAAAUACACUGCAAGCCACACGUGAGAGCCACAUAUGGGAUUUCAAAUGUUCUAACAGCAUUUAUUUAACCAGUAUACCUCAGAUAUCACUUCAACAUAGAGUCAAUAUUUUAAAAUUAUCAAUGAGAUAUUUUACAGAUUUUUACCCCAAGCAUUUGAAAUCUCAUGUGGAUUUCACCCUCACGGCACAUCUCAGUUUGGACCAGGCACAUGCCAAGUCUCAACAGCCAUAUAGUGGCUACUGUAUUGGACAUCACCACUAGGGACCAUUCUGAAGCAAUGAGAAUGCAUGCUUUGUUAUAAUCUGUAAAAUCCACUUUCAGAUUAUUGUGAAAACAUAAAAGUUGUAUUUUUAUAUCUAUAUCUUACUAUUUUUGCAUGUGUGUUGAAUCAAUAAAGGAUUUUUCUGAAAUGUUUUA